AUGGAUAACAUAAGCGAUACCAUAAGGCUAAGAGCGGCCACAUAUUUAGCCCCCAAUAUACCCGUUCAGUACUUUGAGACACGAUUGGGUUAUAUCGACACAAGUUUGCGAUACGAGUCCAACACUCAAAACGUCACACAAGUCUUCGCCGACAAUGAGAUAGAUAUCGCUUGGAUUAGUGGCACAUCCUAUAUACAAGUGGCACAACAGGCUGUGGCCGCUUUACUGCCCGUAUCGUCAGUGCACACACAUCCCAGUGCCGAAGACUGUGCCGGAUAUUAUUGUGAUGUAAUUAUACACCAAUCGCUGGGAUCACGGGUGACCCGUUUCGCUGACCUGCGGGGCUGUCGUUGGGUGUAUAACCAGAACCAGUCGCUCACCGGUCACUACAUUACUGUCAAAGAGUUGCGACAAUUGGGCGAAGACUCGACAUUCUUUGGGGAACGGCAUGAGUCCGGUUCGGACCUCCAGUCCAUACAUAUGCUGCUCAGUCGGCAAUCGGACGCCGCUAUUGUCGACAGUAAUUGUUUGCACAUAUUUUUGGAUAGGAAUCCGCAGCUGAAAGACGAGAUACAAGUGCUCACGUCGUUUGGACCGAUGCCUCCAUACCCGGUGGUCGUCAACCAUAAGAUACCCGUAGAGCUCAGGCAACAGAUAGUGGACGCCCUGUUGGACAUGCAUUUGGACUCAUAUUACUCGCAAAUGUUGUCUAAAUUUAGAGUAAAAGGUUUUGUGCGGAUCACUGGCCAAGAGUUUGCCGCCGAAAGUGAAUUGAUAUCAAAGACAAAUGAUAUGGAUAUUAAGUGAUAGACAUUGUUAAGGAUGUUUGAUAUAAAGAGACAUAUAGACAGCAAACAAACAAAAGGACUGAUUAUUUAUCUAAUAAUAAUUAG